AUGGACAAUAAAAGUGAAAAAUUAGCAAACUGUACUCUUGGUAGUCGUGUUGUUAUAAAUAUGUUACAAGUCGUUUUCCGUAAUGUACAUCUGCGUAACCGAGAAGAUCUGCACAUUUAUUUUGACAAUCUCUUCACUAGUCCGGAUCUUCUAGUUCAUUUGAAAAAAUAUGGAUUAGUUGCUACUGGUACAGUCAGAGCAAAUAGAGUCAAUAUCAAGAAUGCAAUCACAGAGAAAGAUGAAAGAGGAAAAUGGGAAGUGAAACACGAAAAAAAGAGUGGCCUAAAUUUCAUAACUGUGAUGGACUCCAAACCAGUUUCUUUAUUAUCCACUGCAGCUGGAGUAACGCCACUGGGAAAAGUAAAACGUCGUCAGAAAGGCAAGAAAGAAAAAAAAGAAUUAGAUUUUCCGAAUGCGUUUAUGCUGUAUAAUCAGUUCAUGGGUGGCGUUGAUUUACACGAUCAACGAUGCAAUGCAAUAGAGCCAAUUAUAAGAUCGAAGAAAUGGACGUGGAUAAUUUUUAUUCGAAUAAUCCAAUCAGCAAUUGCUAAUUCCACGAUUUUAUACAAUCUUUUUCAUGAAAAAAAAGAAAGUACAAAAUUUUUGGCUAUGUGCAUCAGUAAAGAUUAUUUGAGCAAAGCAAGAACGGGGAAGUCGUCAGUACAUGAGACAGAAAAACAACAUUUACCUCGAUACUGUUGCACCUCAAAAUGCAAAAUCCGAACAAGAAAAUACUGCAAAACCUGCAAGUUGUUUUACUGCGACAAUUGCUUCAAAAAAACGCAUAGCACAAAUUAA